CCUAUUCUAUGACUCCUUUAUUAAACAUUUGGCAAAUAAACCAAGCUGUCACUCUGUACUCUAUCCCAUCACUCACCUUCUUUCUCACUCUCUCUCUCUUUCUUUCUCUUUCCAUCCUCCCAUAGAAAUUAGAAUCACACCCUCCUCAACCACAGCUAAUAUCCGGACCCCCUUUUUUCUCCUCUCCUUUUCUUUCUUCUCUCAUCCUCCACUACCCCUUCAAAAUCUAUACUACUUCUCUUCUUCAAUGUCUUAACAUCUAUUUUUCUUAAUUUCUCUCAUCAAACAAAACCCCCAAAAAGAUAAAAAAAAAACCCAGUUUGUUCACUGUAUCACCCACCCACCAUUAAAGGACGGUAAAAAUGGUGUCGGUAGAAGAAACCCACUCAAAUUCAAGUCGAAUACAUUCCAUGUAUGCUAGUUUUCAUUCACCUUCUUCCUUAUCAUCCACAUCUUCUACAAAAAUAUGGCGAGAAAGAGGUCGUUCUAUGCGAACUGUGCGCUCUAAUCUCUUCUGUCCUUCUCCUGCUACUAGUGAACCUCCUCCUCAUCCUACCACAAACAGCACUUUUGUAUCUGAAAACCUUACUGAUUCUGUCAUGGAUAUUCGCCUCAACGAGCUCGCUUCAAGGACAGCCAAAUCAAUUAAGUCUUCUUUUGCUGAAGAAGAUUUCGGGUUAUUAGAUGACCUUUCAAGGUCUUUCACUGAUUAUUCUGUUUGUAGCAGUGAUAUAUCAGGCGAAUUGCAGCGGUUAGCAGCAACCGCUGCAAUUGAUCCCAGCUCAGGUUCUGGAUCGGGAGAAAUAAUGGAUCCAGAACGCGAGCCAUGUGAAGGGUUCCUCCAAAGAGAUAGUUUCUCAACAGAGAUCAUCGAGAGUAUCUCUCCGGAGGAUUUGCAGCCGACGGUGAAACUCUGUGUAGAUAGCUUGAGCUCACCUUCGGCUGCAAUCAAGCGAUCCGCAGCUGCCAAGCUGCGGCUGCUUGCUAAAAACCGGGCCGACAACCGGGUUCUCAUUGCAGAAUCAGGUGCUGUCCCGGGUCUUGUCCCGCUCUUGAAGUCCACAGACCCAUGGACUCAAGAGCACGCUGUUACGGCGCUGCUAAACUUAUCGCUUCACCCUGAUAACAAAAGACCCAUUGCAGAAACUUCUGGUGCGAUCAAGUCACUUAUAUAUGUGUUAAAGACAGGGACGGAGACUUCUAAGCAAAACGCAGCUGCUGCGUUGAUGAGCUUAGCAAUGGUGGAGGAAGAGACCCGUCUUACUAUAGGAGCAUCCGGGGCGAUACCGCCUUUGGUUGCGCUUCUAAUGAAUGGUAAUGCUCGUGGGAAGAAGGACGCGCUCACUACGCUAUAUAAGCUUUGUUCUGUGAAGCUGAAUAAGGAGCGGGCAGUGAAUGCAGGUGCUGUGGGACCGUUGGUGGGUCUUGCGGCUGAUCAAGGGAGUGGGAUGGCGGAGAAGGCGAUGGUGGUGUUGAGUAGCUUGGCAGGGAUUGAAGUGGGGCGGGAGGCUAUUGUGCAGGAAGGCGGGAUACCCGCGUUGGUGGAGGCUGUGGAGGAGAGCUCGCCGAAAGGGAAGGAGUUUGCGGUGGUGACAUUGUUGUUAUUGUGUGGAGAGAGUGUUAGGAAUAGAGGAUUGUUGGUUGCUGAAGGUGGGAUUCCUCCUCUUGUGGCUUUGUCUCAAACUGGUACUGCCCGUGCUAAGCAUAAGGCUGAGACCCUUCUUGGAUACUUAAGGGAGCCAAGGAAACAAGAGAUAGCUUCAUCGUCGAGUCCUUAACAACCAACCAAAGUGGUAAAUUUUACAAUUAACUACGGGAUUACUUCCGUAAUACUGUAUAUAUAGUAAGAAGACAGAGCAGGUUUAUUGCCUUUGGUGGUGUUUACUGUUUAGUGGCUUUGUACAGUGUGGUUUUUGGGAAAAGACUUGAGAAUCUUCUUAUUAGUAGGAGUUGUAUUGAGAUCUUCCUCAAGCUGACUUAGAUAUUCAUUAAGUAGUGUGCAAAUAGGUUCUCUGUUCAUCUUUUCCAACACUCGAUCUCUUGUUGUCGUAUUUCUUCCUCUUUUCGUUAGCCACAUAUUUGAAGAUGGCUGAAGGUUUUUGCGUUUCCGGGUUUCACUUCUGUGAAGUACGGGCUUGACGGGGUUCCGGUCCUUCAAUUUUUGUUCAAGUAAUCCGAAAAUUUGUAUGAAGUUAUUAGUAAAUUUUUUUUGGUUACUACUAUUUGUAUGAAAGUUAUAUAGUAGUAGUAGUUUGAUGGAGACAAAAAGGUGAUUGUCAUCCAUCUUAGCAAUUGUAUCUUUUAGGGGAUUUGUUGAAGGCGUACAUGUGUAAUGUUUGGGUGUAAAUUAAAUUUAUCCAAUGAUAUGUUAGGUUGUUGGGUGUUGUGAUUCA